AUAAAAUAUCUGUUGGGUGCUGUAGAACUGCUGCAGAUAACGAUAAGCACAGAGAGCUUGCAAAACAGAGAUGAAAAUCCAAUGAAAUAAAUUUCAAAUUAAAACUGAAGGGACAAGACAUGUCAGUUUUUCAUUUUCAGAAUCAAUGGCUAUGUCUUCCUCUCGCUAAAUCCUUUUUCUCCAAGUUGCUUCCCAGAACCUAUUCAGCAGUUUUACCCCAAAGACUAGGAACCAUUUGGUGCCAUUCUCUAGUUCAUGCCACUAACGUGCACUUCUCUCCAGAUGGUUUAGAACAGGUUGGGGACAAUACCUUUGUGUCACCUAAAGUGAAAAUAUUGAAGCAGAAAUUGGAACUUCUUGGCAUCAGCUUGGAUAACUCUUGUUUGCCUGGGCAGUACCAUAACCUGUUUUGUUCAAAAUGCAAAGGUGGGCAGUUAAAAGAGAGGAGUUUGUCUUUUCAUAUUAUCUCUGAUGGUGAAUUUGCAAUGUGGAGGUGUUUUCGAACUGCAUGUGGUUGGGCGGGUCAGGUUUUUGCAGAUGACAAGGAAUUGUACAGUGAGGUUUGUGAUAAUGCGAAGUCUUUUGGACAAAUAGCUGAGGAGAGCUUAGGGUUGAAACCACUUGGUCCUAAGCUUGUUGCUUACUUUAAGGAGAGACUGAUAUCAGAGAAAACCCUAAUCAGAAAUGCUGUAAGGCAAUUGUCUGACAAUAAGAGUGUCAUUGCUUUUACUUACAAACAAAAUGGAUUGCUUGUUGGUUGCAAGUACAGAACAAUGGAGAAAAGAUUUUGGCAGGGGAAAGGCACAGACAAGAUACUAUAUGGCAUUGAUGACAUUCGUCAAGCAGAUGAAAUCAUCAUUGUUGAGGGGGAAAUUGAUAAGCUUUCACUUGAGGAAGCUGGCUUUCGAAAUUGUGUUAGUGUUCCAGGGGGUGCACCAGGAAAGGUUUCUUCAAAAGAUUUGCCACCAAUAGAAAAGGACUCAGCAUACCAAUACCUGUGGAACUGCAAAGAGUACUUGGAUAAGGCAGAUCGAAUUAUCCUGGCAACUGAUAAUGAUCCCCCAGGUCAAGCUUUAGCUGAAGAGCUGGCACGGCGCCUUGGGCGAGAAAGGUGUUGGCAAAUACAUUGGCCAAAGAAAGAUGAAUUCAGCUCUUUCAAAGAUGCAAAUGAGGUUCUCAAAUACUUGGGAGCUGAUGCUUUGAAGAGAAUAGUUGCAAAUGCAGAGCCAUAUGCGAAUGCCAACUAGGUAAUUCCAUUUAUGUAUAUGAAAAUGGAAAUAAUGUAGUGUGAACAUAUUCAUAUUAUUUUUAAUCAAAUAGUGUAUCGAGAUAUCUCAUUUAUAUGGUAUCUAAAUUUUAGUUGUUUAGUGUCAUCAUUUAUUUGGGUUCUUUAAGGCUCAGAAACGCAAAUCAUUCAAGUAUUGUUUU